AUGCAGACUGCUCCCUUCGAUAUUGGCUCAGACUUCUCGAAAGAGCUUAUGAAGAAGUACAAGCGGCUUUUGCGGGAAGAAACGCGCAGCCCAAUUCACCAGCACCUUCUAGAAGAUGAUGCGGCACCUGACGGCAUUCCGCGUCCUUCAUCCAAUAGUCGUCGCCCUUCAAAUGACCUGACACAAGAACUACAAAGUUUUGUAACAAGCGAGGUUGGUGCUCAGCCAGUAGCUCGGGACGUGGAGCGUCUCGGAACACCUGUUCUCCAAUUGAAUAGCCCGCUUAGAGACCGUCCCAAGGUUUCUUUUAGUUCACUACACACUGAAAAGAGAUCAGAAAAACCAGACAAUAGUCACAGAGUGGUUUUCGACAGAACAGAGCGAGACCUUGGCUCCCAAGCAGAGCUCUAUCCGAUGGAAAACAGCACAACAGACAUCCUUAAGGCAGAGCAUGCUUCAAUAGUCCGUGCACUGAAGCAGCGGGCACAAGAGCAAAUCAUGCAAGCCCACAAGGAGCGGGACAUGGCAAUUAACGAAGCUAGGGAAUCAAGUUUAACAUACAUGCAAAAGAUUGAUCAAUUAGAGUCGCUUCUCAUGGCCAAGGACAAUGCUAUUAAGAAUCUGCAGGGUGACAUGGGUCAGCUCAAAGACCUUUACGACGCGCGGCAGCAGUCAAUGAUCGACAGACAGGUUGUUCUGGAGCAGGAAAAUGCUCGUCUCAAAGAUGAGGUACGUUCUCUUAAUACUCGCGUUGAUCAAAUAAGGGACCACGAGCGAGCAACACUAGAGGAGAGGGUGAAACUGGCAACAGACGCCAAUCUGGCCAGAGUGGAGAGCCUGGAGAACAAGUUGCGGUUAGCAGAGCGCACGAUAUCUUCUUUGGAGAGGGACAAGCUCGCGAUACUCCAAGAGACAGCAAAAGAUGUGACAGAAAUGAAUAAGUGUCAUGAGGAGCUCAAGGACCGCUACUCUGAACUCGUAUUAGCAUGUAAAAAGCUCAAGCAAAGAGUGGUCAUUGCUACCAGUGAACGGAAUGCACUAAAAGAGGAAAACGAAGCACUGCUGGACGAGCUUUCUGGGCUGAGAGAACGGAACGAAAAUCUCUCACGAGAACUUAUCCGAGCAGACAGGCUUGUCUUUGGAAAACCGCGCAACUCAUCUGGAGUGCGUAUUUGA